AUGCUGGGGGUGGCUGUGGAUGAAGAGUCGGAGCUGAAGUUGGCAGAACGGGAGAAAGAAAUUGAGGCCUUUCCUCCCAAAGAAGCGUGUAAAUGUCAUGCUGAUGAGCUGGCAAAACGGAUGCAGCUGCACAGCAAAAAUGCAGUGCCUGUUCAUUCCGUUCCCCAGGUUGAUUUACAAAAGGGACUUUCUGAAUUCUCAGUACUACAGCGCCGAAUCAAACAUGGCUGGAAUGAAUUUGUUGUUGAUAAUAAAGAGCCAAUAUGGAAGAAAUAUUUUGAUCAGUUUAAGAACCCGCUGAUCCUCUUGCUGUUGGCCUCUGCUUUAGUGAGCGUGAUUACUAAAGAGUAUGAGGACGCCGUCAGUAUUGCAGUGGCUGUCCUCAUCGUGGUCACUGUGGCCUUCAUUCAGGAGCACCGUUCUGAAAAAUCCCUGGAAGAACUUAACAAGUUAGUCCCACCAGAGUGUAACUGCCUGAGGGAGGGAAGACUCCAACAUCUUCUCGCUCGAGAACUCGUGCCAGGAGACAUUGUGUGCCUUUCCAUGGGAGACAGAGUUCCUGCAGAUAUAAGACUCACAGAGGUUACAGAUCUUUUAGUGGACGAGUCCAGUUUUACAGGAGAAGUGGAACCCUGUAGUAAGACUGAUGGCAUCUUAUCAGCACCGGGAGCCAUGAUGACACUCAGCAAUAUUGCUUUUAUGGGAACUCUUGUGCGAUACGGCAAGGGAAAGGGCAUUGCCAUUGGAACAGGAGAAAACUCACAGUUCGGGGAAGUGUUCAAAAUGAUGCAGGAGGAAGAGACACCCAAAACACCCUUGCAGAAAAGCAUGGAUAAAUUGGGGAAACAGCUUACUCUCAUUUCUUUCGGCAUUAUUGGUUUGCUCAUGCUGAUCGGUUGGCUGCAAGGAAAACACCUCCUUGGGAUGUUCACCAUCGGAGUGAGCUUAGCUGUAGCUGCCAUUCCAGAAGGCCUCCCCAUUGUUGUUACGGUGACUCUAGUCCUCGGUGUCUUGAGAAUGGCCAAGAAGCGAGUCAUCGUGAAGAAGCUGCCAAUAGUAGAAACUCUGGGUUGUUGCAAUGUUAUCUGUUCUGACAAAACCGGGACGCUGACUGCCAACGAGAUGACUGUCACUCACCUUGUAACUUCAGAUGGUUUCAAGGCGGAGGUGAGUGGAGUUGGAUACAACGGAGAAGGAAAUGUGUGUCUCUUACCAUCUAGAGACAUCCUUAGAGGAUUUGCCAACAUCUCUGUGGGAAAACUAGUGGAGGCCGGCUGUGUUGCCAACAACGCGGUCAUCCGGAAGACGACGGUGAUGGGACAGCCGACAGAAGGCGCCCUGGUAGCCCUGGCAAUGAAGAUGGGACUGAGUGAUAUAAAAGACCUUUAUGUCAGAAAGAAAGAGAUUCCAUUUAGCUCCGAGCAGAAAUGGAUGGCAGUCAAAUGUACCCUGAAGAAUCAGGAUCAGGAAGAUAUCUAUUUUAUGAAGGGGGCCUUUGAGGAAGUGAUGCAACAUUGUACCUCAUUUAAUAGCGGCGGCAUUGCGCUCCCACUGACGCCACAACAGAAGGCAGUCUAUGUUCAAGAGGAGAAAAGCAUGGGAUCGCUCGGAUUAAGGGUGCUCGCACUGGCUUUUGGACCUGAACUUGGGAGGCUCACAUUUUUAGGUCUAGUUGGAAUCAUUGACCCUCCAAGGCAUGGAGUGAAGGAAGCUGUUCAAGUCCUCAUUGAAUCAGGGGUAUCGGUGAAAAUGAUAACUGGAGAUGCAUUGGAAACAGCUUUGGCCGUUGGACAAAAUAUCGGUCUUUGCAACAGGAAAAUGAAAACUAUGUCUGGGGAGGAACUGGAGAACAUCACUGAGUCAGCGCUGUCCUCAACGGUCCAAAAUGUUUCCAUCUUCUUCCGAACAAGUCCAAAACACAAACUUAAAAUCAUAAAGGCCUUGCAGCAGGCAGGCGCCAUCGUGGGGAUGACUGGAGAUGGAGUGAACGACGCAGUCGCUCUAAAAUCUGCUGAUAUUGGCGUUGCAAUGGGACGGGCAGGCACGGAUGUCAGCAAAGAGGCAGCAAGCAUGAUUCUUGUGGAUGACGACUUCUCAACAAUCAUGAAUGCAAUUGAGGAGGGAAAAGGAAUCUUUUACAACAUUAAAAAUUUUGUUCGAUUUCAGCUCAGCACGAGCAUCUCAGCUCUCAGUUUAAUCGCUCUGUCAACAGUAUUCAAUUUGCCAAAUCCGCUCAACGCAAUGCAGAUUUUAUGGAUCAAUAUUAUCAUGGAUGGCCCCCCAGCUCAAAGCUUGGGCGUUGAACCAGUGGACAGAGAUGCCAUCAAGCAACCGCCAAGGAGCCUCACGGAUACGAUUCUUAGCAAGUCCCUGGUGUUGAAGAUCUUAAUGUCAGCCACUGUUAUCAUCAGUGGAACCAUGUUUAUCUUCUGGAAGGAGAUUCCGGAAAGUGGCGUAACCCCACGGACCACGACGAUGACGUUCACUUGCUUUGUGUUCUUUGAUCUUUUCAAUGCUUUGACGUGCCGCUCCCAGACAAAACUGAUAUUAGAAAUUGGCCUUUUCCGAAACCACAUGUUCUUAUAUUCCGUGCUGGGUUCCAUUUUGGGCCAGAUGGCUGUAAUUUACAUUCCUCCUCUACAGAAGAUCUUCCAGACAGAGAAUUUAGGAGCAUUAGACUUGUUGUUCCUCACUGGCCUGGCAUCUUCCGUUUUCAUCCUCUCAGAACUGGUCAAAUUGUGUGAAAGAUAUUGCUGCCCCCGAUCAAAGACAGACCACAUCCAGCUGCAAGAUGUGUGACUUAGAAGAAUGAAGGUUCCUGUAGUCUUAGGUGUAGCUCAACAGUGAACUUGGGCUUUGCAUAUCAAGGAUUUCAGGUUCAAUCCAUCUCCAGGAAGGGCUGGAGAAACUCCUGUCUAAAGCCCUGGAAAGCUGCUGCCAGUCAGAGUUUGCAAUAUUGGACUAGAUGGGUCAUGAGCUGGACUCAACGUAGGGCAGCUUCUUCUGUUCCUUAGGUUUCCAUCCACAUAAAUCUGGAAUGCUAUUUCAAAUGAAACUCUCGGUUCCAGGAAUUCACACGGGAUUAAUUGAUCUUUUUAUACACUACUGAAAGUCGUCAAGCAGCUUGAGAUCAACGGAGCUCUCAUCAAACCACAUUGUCGUCGUCUGCAUGACUCCUCUCUUGUUCUAUACUGUGUUUAAAGAGAAACUUAAAGCAAAAAGGAACCGCGACACAAACCCGUGGCACCAUCAACAUUUAUUUAUUUAAGUUGUAAUAAAACUUUUUUGUUAAUAAAACAUGUUGUCAGGAGAUCGUGUGACCUAACGAUCAGAAACACACGUUCACACCGAUACCCCACAAAAUGUUUUGUGUGAACGUGAACCAGCAUUUUCACUCACGGGAGACUAAAACGGAGGUUAGAAGUGUCUGGCAUUCUUCAUUCCCCAAGACAAAAAAAUGUAAUUAAUAUUACUGUUAUUAUGUUGGCACAGAUAUCUCUCUGGAUCACAGGCAACUACAAGAAGAAAUUAUUUGGAAAUUAGAUUGUUAUUUUUCUCUCUGCGCUCAGAACAGGUGCAUUUUUUAACAACAGUGAAUUAGAGGGAGUGGCUUAAUAUUUUAACAAACUGUUUCCAGGCUUUGGAAGACUGCCUGAAAAACACCCUUCCCUAACCUCAGAGCAACAGGUAGUCACCAGUCCCUAAAUCUGACCUUGAUAGCACCUAUUGUUGGGACUUUUAUUUGCAAUCUCGCAUGCAGCCUGUAGUUUGAGUGACUGGGAGGGACUUUUCUGCGCUGGGGUGAUUAUCUGUCCAGCACUAACCCAUUGUUCCUUCCAGUCUCUCCAUUCAAAGAGAGCCCCGCCUCUUUGCAAAGCUCUCUUGCCCUCUCUUUCGUCUUUUGGUGGCAGUUGUGUGUUUGCUGUUCAGUUCGUUGACGGUAUCUGUGCAGUAAUAAAAGCAGCAUGCACAAGUCUGUGAUUUCAAGCAACUGUAUGUAAUGUUUUUAUUCUUUCUCCUACAAAAAUGUCUCAGAGUGAAUUCCUGAGACCUUAAGUGCCAGUUAAUGAGAAAGCGG